AUGUAUUUAGCUGUUAAAGCGAUUGGGGUUGAAUGCGAGUUGACUCCGAACUCCGCUGUCUAUCGAGGAGGACUGGAAAUAACCUCCACUGGGCCAUCCCCACCCGAGCUGCAAAAUCUUGAAGACGGGAACGAUGAGAAGAAUUUGUCCACCAGAUAUUACGACUUCCAAGGCUAUGAACAAUUUAAGCGGAAUAUAGUUGACACACACUACAUCGGAUCAACUCCCUGCAAGUUGGAUGAUCUUAAAAGAGAUAAAUCAAUCGACAAUGAGAACAAUGAUGAGGCUAUGUAUGAGUGUGAGGCUGAGCUCGACGGAUAUGAAAAAUUCGAGCUGGAUAUAGUUGGCAAUCAUUCUACAGCCCUUGAGAUUGGAAACACCAACACAACUGAAGCUAUGCACUGCCCUACAGCUAAUGGCACCACAUUUUAUUCCCAAUGCGAGAUGGGAAGCUUAUGUGCUAAUGGAGACUAAAGAUUGUGUUUAGAAAGUCGAUAGGGCAUAGCAAAUAUAUAUUAGUGUAGAACUUCCCCACCUCACAAAUAGACUUUGACGGCAACACCUUACAAACUUCCGUUUCAGUCUGUUGAACGGCCCUGGGUGUAAUACUACUACAUAAGUAAACUGAAAGCAAACGAA